CCCUCCCCAGUGUCGCGAGUUGGCGCCGCUGCCGCCCCCAGCUCCGCGCUCGCGGCCCUUCGGCCGGGCGGUACCGAGCCCUCUCGGCGCUCCCCUCCUGCCCUCCCUCCGACCUGCCCUUCCCCGCGGAACUGCUACCCCCACCUUUCCCCCCGUCCCCUUCCUCUCCCCGCCAAGUCGCGGCGGCAGCAGCAGCAGCAGCAGCAGCAGGAGGAGGAGCCGGAGCCGGGAGGCGGCGGUGGCCGGGGAGCCCAUGGCGUACAGUCAAGGAGGCGGCAAGAAGAAAGUCUGCUACUACUACGACGGUGAUAUUGGAAAUUACUAUUAUGGACAGGGUCAUCCCAUGAAACCUCAUAGAAUCCGCAUGACCCAUAACUUGCUGUUAAAUUAUGGCUUAUACAGAAAAAUGGAAAUAUAUAGGCCCCAUAAAGCCACUGCUGAAGAAAUGACAAAAUACCACAGUGAUGAGUAUAUCAAAUUUCUUCGGUCAAUAAGACCAGAUAACAUGUCUGAGUAUAGUAAGCAGAUGCAGAGAUUUAAUGUUGGAGAAGAUUGUCCAGUGUUUGAUGGACUCUUUGAGUUUUGUCAGCUCUCAACUGGUGGCUCAGUUGCUGGGGCUGUUAAGUUAAACCGACAACAAACUGAUAUGGCUGUUAACUGGGCUGGAGGAUUACAUCAUGCCAAGAAAUCAGAAGCAUCAGGAUUCUGUUAUGUUAAUGACAUUGUACUUGCCAUCCUUGAAUUACUAAAAUACCAUCAGAGAGUCUUAUAUAUUGACAUAGAUAUACAUCAUGGUGAUGGUGUUGAAGAAGCUUUUUAUACAACAGAUCGUGUAAUGACUGUAUCAUUCCAUAAAUAUGGGGAAUACUUUCCUGGCACAGGAGACUUGAGGGAUAUUGGUGCUGGAAAAGGCAAAUACUAUGCUGUCAAUUUCCCAAUGAGAGAUGGUAUAGAUGAUGAGUCAUAUGGGCAGAUAUUCAAGCCAAUUAUCUCAAAAGUGAUGGAGAUGUAUCAGCCUAGUGCUGUGGUAUUACAGUGUGGUGCAGACUCAUUAUCUGGUGAUAGGCUUGGCUGCUUCAAUCUAACAGUCAAAGGUCAUGCUAAAUGUGUAGAAGUUGUAAAAACCUUUAAUUUACCAUUACUGAUGCUUGGGGGAGGUGGAUACACAAUCCGUAACGUUGCUCGAUGUUGGACAUAUGAGACUGCGGUUGCGCUUGAUUGUGAGAUUCCCAACGAGUUGCCAUAUAAUGAUUAUUUUGAGUAUUUUGGACCAGACUUCAAACUGCAUAUUAGUCCUUCAAACAUGACAAACCAGAACACUCCAGAAUAUAUGGAAAAGAUAAAACAGCGUUUAUUUGAAAAUUUGCGCAUGUUACCUCAUGCACCUGGUGUCCAAAUGCAAGCUAUUCCAGAAGAUGCUGUUCAUGAAGACAGUGGGGAUGAAGAUGGAGAAGAUCCAGACAAGAGAAUUUCUAUUCGAGCAUCAGACAAGCGAAUAGCUUGUGAUGAAGAAUUCUCAGAUUCUGAAGAUGAAGGAGAAGGAGGUCGUAGAAAUGUGGCUGAUCAUAAGAAAGGAGCAAAGAAAGCUAGAAUCGAAGAAGACAAGAAGGAGACAGAGGACAAAAAAGCAGAUGUUAAGGAAGAAGAUAAAUCCAAGGACAAUAGUGGCGAAAAAACAGAUACCAAAGGAGCCAAAUCAGAACAGCUCAGCAAUCCUUGAAUUUGAGAGAGUCAUCAAUUUCAGGAAACCUUUUAAAAAGUGAAAAAUACUGGGAGAAAAAAAUGUUUUCUUUUUGAAGACUUCUGGCUUCAUUUUAUACUACUAUGGCAUGGACUGUAUUUAUUUUCAAAAUGGCUUUUUUCGUUUUUGUUUUUCUUGGCAGGUUUUAUUGUGAGUUUUUCUAAUUAUGAAGCAAAAUUUCUUUUCUCCACCAUGCUUUAUGUGAUAGUAUUUAAAAU